GCAGGGAUGGGCCGCUGCACCGGGAGGAGUCUGCUGGAGCAGGAUGUGAGCUCACAGCCCGGGAUUGCUGUUGGGCAGGCGGCUACAAGCUAGGGGCGGCAAGGAGUCGGUUGCCAUUCAGCUGAGAGGAAGAAGCGCCCCCGGGGACGCACUGAGAGUAUGAGGCUCUGGCCUCCCCAGGACACUCCCUUGUGAACACUUCCACCACGGCGGAGCCUUCCAAGCCUACCUCCUGCCGUGUGGUGAUCUACCUGCAGCGGGAGAUGUCGGGGGACACAUGUCUAUGCCCAGCCUCAGGUGCCAAGCCCAAGCUAAGUGGCUUCAAGGGAGGAGGGCUGGGCAACAAGUACGUGCAGCUCAAUGUAGGCGGCUCCCUGUACUACACCACGGUGCGGGCACUCACCCGGCAUGACACCAUGCUCAAGGCCAUGUUCAGUGGGCGCAUGGAGGUGCUGACCGACAAAGAAGGCUGGAUCCUCAUAGACCGAUGUGGAAAGCACUUUGGCACCAUUUUGAAUUACCUCCGAGAUGACACUAUUACCCUCCCUCAAAACCGGCAAGAAAUCAAAGAAUUGAUGGCUGAAGCAAAAUAUUACCUCAUUCAGGGCCUGGUGAACAUGUGCCAGACUGCCCUGCAGGACAAGAAGGACUCCUACCAGCCUGUGUGCAACAUCCCCAUCAUCACAUCCCUGAGGGAGGAGGACAGGCUCAUCGAAUCCUCCACCAAGCCCGUGGUGAAGCUGCUGUACAAUAGAAGCAACAACAAGUAUUCCUACACCAGCAACUCCGAUGACCACCUGCUGAAAAACAUAGAGCUGUUUGACAAGCUGUCCUUGCGCUUCAAUGGCCGAGUGCUCUUCAUCAAGGAUGUCAUCGGUGACGAGAUCUGCUGCUGGUCCUUCUAUGGCCAGGGUCGUAAGCUGGCAGAGGUGUGCUGCACCUCCAUCGUGUAUGCCACAGAAAAGAAGCAGACCAAGGUGGAAUUUCCAGAGGCCCGAAUCUAUGAGGAGACACUCAAUGUCCUACUCUAUGAGACCCCCCGCGUCCCUGACAACUCCUUGUUGGAGGCCACAAGCCGGAGCCGCAGCCAGGCUUCCCCCAGUGAAGAUGAGGAAGCCUAUGAACUGCGGGAUCGUGUGCGCCGCAUCCAUGUCAAGCGCUAUAGCACCUACGAUGACCGGCAGCUCGGCCACCAAUCUGCCCAUCGUGACUGAUAAGACCUUCAAGGAGAUGGGGCACAGGAGACCCUAUCUCCUGCCCUCUGCAGCCCCACACGGCAACUUCCUGGUUGUCUGCUCCAGCACUCAGAAACAUGACAAGCCCUUCCUGUGAAAUCAAGGGCCUGGGCUGGGAAGGGCCCGUUCCCUGGCCCUGACUGUUGAGCACUACCAGAUCCAUCUCCCUUCCUGUCCAGCAGGGAGCUACUUCUGUUGUGGGGUGAGCUGACCAGCCUCCCUCCUCCUGCUAAGCACAUUCCCCUCUGGGCCCUAUGCUGAGUGCCCUUCCUCAGCGAAGCCCCAUAGGAAUGGCUUCAUUCUGGGGGAAAGGCUGCUUCUGGUGGAGGCCCAGUCUUUAUCACAGGUGGGGCUUCUUUGUCCCUAAGGUGUUGAAGCACAGGUUUGAUGAGCUUGAUUUUUAAAAAAUAAUCUAGGAAAUGAAUAGUUUUAUAUAAUGAGGGACUAGGCAUUUGUUACCCCUGCAGGGUGCCAGAAUCCUGCAUAAGGUAGACCCCUCAGCCCUUCUUGAUGCUUUUGGGAUCUGUCUUUAAUGCACUUUGUACUGUUAUUCAGGAGAUUAGCCUGCCCUGACCCACACCUUUUCCUGACCCUAAUCCCCUUUUCCUGCAGAAUCAUUCUGAGGGAGAGGAUAAAGAGAAAGCAAUAAAAACAAAACUGACCAGUUUUGGCUUUAUCAGCCUGGCCAGGCAGCCCAGGGCACCAAGGAAGACAGGCUAUGUAAGACAAGACCCAUGGUCUCACAGCAUGCUGCCUAAAGAGACAUCUCACCCCCACAUCCUGGGGUCAUGUCACUGACUCCUGGGAUGUAAUAGUGCUAUUCUCUUUGAUUCUUAUCCUUGAGUGCCCUUAGUUCCAAGGCACUUUGACUCCACAUACUGUAAAAGCUAACACUGUCAAUAGUGGCUAGGAGCUACCCUGGGCCCUAAACACAAGCAGCACCUGGAAGGCUAUAAAGCCCAUGAGCAUUGUACAGUGCUGGUCAACAUGCCCAUUAGCUGAGGACAGUGGACUCAGCCCUGCACAUCCAACAGGCCCUGUGGCCCACCCCAAUCUGCAUGCUGUUGGUUUUUGUCCUGGAUGGGAUGGUGGUUCUGCCCAGUGGUGAGUCUCUGAACAUAGAGCUAUAGGAAAAAUCUAAAUCCCUUGAAGGUCUUCAUUCCUUCUUGGCAUGGAAAUGCCAAGUAUCAGCCAGGGUAUGAGUUCUCAUGACUUUGGUUUUCAUCCUGUGUUUGGCUUGUCCCUGGAGAGGCUGCUCAUCUGAAUUUUUUGCUGAGGAAUGCCCUCAGGGAGGGAGGAUUCUACCAGCCUAACAAAGGAGAAGGAGCACAGGCUGUCAGGUUUAUCCCUCUUUGACUACUCUAAGCAGCUGCUCACAGCUGACCCCAUAGAGCUUAUGGGCAAUUGCCAGGCCCAGGGUUGGCCACUCACAAGGACCUGGAAUGACAUGAUGGAACAGGGGAAAUGUGACUUAUUAAGCAGGCAUUUUAUGUUAGUCAGUCUUGAAUGUAAAAUUAGCUGAAGACUCUCAAGUCAGGUACUUGGUGAUCAGCUACUAGGUCUUCCAGCCUUCACUGCAGUUAAGAUGACAACCCAUCUCUUUGGGCAAAUUUAGGCUUCAGGGGCUGAGGAUAUGGCUCAUUGGCAGAGCAUUUGCCUGGCAUGUAUGAGGCCCUAGGUUCGAUCCCCAGCACCAACAAAAGCAAAAAAAAAUCAGGCUUCAGCUUUGUGGCUUUCUUAAGGAGAUGGAAUGCUUCAGCCUAGAGCCACUGGCCUGUUUUCUCAGCUGCACUCUUGAAGCCCUUUAAUACUCAAGAUUCCCAGCUCCCCACUGAGGCAUGAUCACACUUGUCCUUUGAUCUCCACAUUCCCCUUAGCUUCUACUUAGUGUGCUGAUAUUUCAAUCCUGGGCUGUCUCAGUGACCCCUCUUUUUGGUUCUGAGAAAGCAUAUAGUCUAGGGCUGGGCAUUUAUCUUCUGACUGAAAUAUCUUCUCGGUCUUACAGAAAACACUAACAUAAUUUGUUGAAAUGAUCUCUGCUUCUUUAAUCAGACUUUGUGGCUUAAGGGUUUGGGGAAUUUCCCAGCCCCAUUCAGAAAGCAGCUCUUGGCAAUGUUGAAUUUUUCAACUCCAACUAGGUGAGGUGGUUGGGGAGGGGUAAACAAAAAUUGUGGGAUGAAGGUCAAACCUUGUUGGUUUCUGAGAAAACUGGAAACUUACUGUUAACAAUGCAGACCAGUAAUGGGGUUUUGAAUCUGGUAUGUGACCAUAGCCUACCUGAAGGAUGGCACAGAUCCUGGCAUGAGAAAAUUUUUCCUAUAUCACAUAACUGCGAUCCUUUUUUGCUCAGUCUAAGUGAUGGAAAUAAACACUAAUUUCUAAUAAAAUUGUGUUACACUGAA